AUGUCAGCACUCGUUCUCAUGGGCUUGAUGCCCAGAAACAACGAGCACUCAUUGGCGCCUCGAUUGAUCAGCUCCGCUGAACUUGAUGUCGACCCUCUCCCGGAAGCGCAUCGACGAGGCCUCAUAGCAAUCACAAUCAUGGCCUUCCUGUCGCUCAUUGCAACAUCAAUACUCCUCGGAUUCAUUACCUAUCGACUUAUUUUCUGGCGCGGCAGCUAUACACGAUACAUCGGUUACAACCAGUAUAUCAUUCUCAUUUACAACCUUGUUCUGGCCGAUUUCCAACAGUCACUUGCGUUUAUUAUUUGUUUACGAUGGAUCUUGCUAGACAAAAUCAAGUCCGGCUCUGCCGCAUGCUUUCUUCAAGGGCUGUGGCUGCAAAUUGGAGAUCCCGGCAGUGGUCUUUUCGUGCUUGCCAUCGCCUUCCACACAUUCCUUUUGGUCGUCUGGGGACGUAAAAUGUCCUACAAGGUCUUUGUCAGUUUCGUCGUCGGCGUCUGGGGCUUCGUGGUUUUGAUAGUAAUCAUCCCAAUCGCAAUGCACGGUGCCAACGUCUUCGUGCCUUCCGGGGCCUGGUGUUGGAUCAGCAGUGAAUACGAGACCACCCGUUUAUGGACUCACUACAUGUGGAUUUUCAUCUCCGAGUUCGGGACAGUCCUUCUCUACGCCGUGAUGUACUUCCAGCUGCGUCGGCAGAUCGCCGCCUCCGCCAUCCUCGGCAACAGCCAGCUCGAGAGCCUCAGACGCCUGCGCCGCGUCGUAGGCUACAUGACCAUCUACCCAAUUGUCUACAUCGUCCUGUCGCUACCACUCGCCGCAGGCCGCAUGGACACGGCAGCUGGCGAUACACCCAGCGUUGUAUUCUUCUGCAUUUCUGGCGCCAUCAUCACCAGCUCCGGACUGGUCGAUGUCAUUCUGUACACCCUCACCCGCCGCAACCUGAUCAUCGACUCGGAACCCAGCGAGGACCGCUCCUACAACAAAUUCAGCAGCAAGGGCAAGCGAGGCGAGACCAACCUCACCACCAUCACGGCCGACCCCAAGCGUAAAAUGGGCGGCACUUUCAACGAUGACCUUGACCGCGACGGCUCAACGGAUAACAUCGUUUCUCCCGCACACGGCCACCACUCCACCGAUCAUGAAAUGGCCCCGAUCGGAAAGGUGUACCAAGAAACCACCAUUGAGAUCACGCAUGAACCUGCGUAUCCAGACGCAGCUAGUGAGCGCUCGAGCAAGGAGGACUUCCCCGAUCGGCCACCUGCUGGAUGGCGGAGAUGA